AAUUCAUGCGUAUAAAGAAUAGUUUUCAAGUUUACGAUACAUGACGAAGAUUUUAAUGUUCUCUUAUUUAUUAUGUCUAUAUUUCAUUGAUACAAUGAAACUAAUAAGGAAGUAUUUAACAUCGGAUUCACAAAAAGUGAUGCCGUCAUCAAAUGGAAAUAAUCUAAGUAAUGCUGAAGCUGCAAUAUCUGAUGAACAAGUGGUUGACAAAAGUGAUUGGCUUAUGCGUACUGAAUCCAGUAUAGGUUCAAAUGAUUCAAUGGAACACAUACUUGUAAGUUAUAGUCAUCGAGAGAAGGAUGUAGCCAAACGUUUGGUGGAAUUACUUCAGGAAAAAGGCUAUAAGGUAUGGGUUGACUAUAAGGAUAUGCUUUAUGAAACUGAUAUCAUGGAAGGUAUGGCUAAAGCAGUGGAGAAUUCAUUUGUUGUUUGCAUUCUCUACUCGCAAUCUUAUAAGGAAAGCUUGAACACAAAAUGUGAAGCUCAAUAUGCGUAUCAUGAGAAGAAACCAUUGAUUUUUCUACGUGUGGAACGAGGAUAUGUACCGAAUGGUUGGUUAGGCUUUAUGAUGGGUACACGAUUAUAUAUUGACAUCUCUGGGAAAUAUCCAUUUGAAGAGAAAUUUACUGAUCUAUGCCAGAGAAUUGAUACAUAUAGACAGAUUUCAGUUGACCGAACAUAUCAAAAAUACCACAAGAAGUCAACAGAAAUGGGAUCAGCACAAGAAUGUUCGGGUGCGUGACACUUUCCGUAUGCUACCAAGUGAUUUGUAUAUCUUGUAAGGAAGAAGAAAUAAAACUAUUAGAUAAAUUUCAUCGAAUUCAAAGACAUAUAGCAUUCUCUUAGAUUUUGUCUUGGCAUUCUGCCAGAAAAUAGAAUAUGAAACAAUCUUCUUCUCCUUACUGUCUGUCUGUUUCACUUUCCCCUUAUUUAUUCUCUGUAGAUCUGUUGUUGUUAACAAUUUUCAGUCCGUUUCUAUUUAAUCUCAUCGAUCAUACUGAAAAAUGUGUAGGCUUUCUCAUUCUCCCCUGAGGUGGAUGCAUUGUGGAAGAUGAAACAAAUUCAAUUUCUACCAAUAAACAGAAAACUUCUG